CAAUGGAGUGGCAGAGAAGGGACCUUUCUGACUUCCUUUUGGGUGAACUGCUGCAAUGGCAGCUAGGCUGUAAAGAGCCUGGCACCGGGGAACUCCUAAGGACUCGCACUUCACUAGUAGCAAUGGAGUACGAGAGAAGAGGUGGUCGUGGGGAUCGGACUGGCCGUUAUGGUGCUGUUGACCGAACCCAGGACGACGGGUCCGAAGGCCGUAACCAGAGAGACCACGACUACAGAGAUAUGGAUUAUCGAUCCUACCUGCGAGAUUUCAACAACCAAGAGGCCGCCAAUGACUAUGACGACUCCUCUGAGGAGCACAGCGUGGAGGAUUCCUACGAGGCCUCCUCUGGAUCAGAGACGCAACGUAGAAAACGGGACAGCCCCAGUGAGCAGCUGGGAUUUCCAGGGGACGGUGACUACCGAGAUCAGGACUACCGAACAGAGCAGGAGGAGGAGGAGCAGAAGGCCAGCAGCAUCAUUAUGCUGAGGAUGCUGCCCCAGUCUGCCACUGAGAACGAUAUCCGAGCCCAGCUGCAAGCGCACGGAUUCCAACCCCGGGAGGUGCGGCUGAUGCGGAAUAAAGCCUCAGGUCAGAGCCGGGGCUUCGCCUUCGUCGAGUUUAAUCACUUGCAGGACGCUACACGAUGGAUGGAAGCCAAUCAGCAUUCCCUCUCCAUCCUUGGCCAGAAGGUCUCCAUGCACUACAGUGACCCUAAGCCCAAGAUCAAUGAGGAUUGGCUCUGCAGCAAGUGUGGAGUGCAGAAUUUCAAGCGCAGAGAGAAGUGCUUCAAAUGUGGCAUUCCCAGAUCUGAAGCGGAGCAGAAGCUGCCCCCAGGUAGCCGCUUGGACCAGUUGGUAGCUCUGUCGGGGCGUGAGCUCAGCCAAGGCCUUCUGCCCCUUCCACAACCAUACCAAGUAUCUGCAGCCCUAUCCGCUCAGCCCGUGGCCCAGAUAUCUGAGCCCUGCGCAGAGAACGCUAAUGACACGAUUAUCCUGCGGAACCUGAAUCCUCAUAGCACGAUGGACUCCAUCUUGAACGCCCUGGCACCCUAUGCCGUCCUCUCCUCCUCCAAUGUCCGUGUAAUCAAGGACAAGCAGACGCAGCUGAACCGUGGUUUUGCUUUCAUUCAGCUCUCCACUAUUGUGGAGGCAGCUCAGCUGCUGCAGAUCUUGCAGGCCCUGCAUCCACCCCUGAAUAUCGACGGCAAGACAAUUAAUGUGGAGUUUGCCAAAGGGUCCAAGCGGGACAUGAGCUCCUCGGACGGAAAUCGCAUCAGUGCUGCUUCGGUUGCCAGCACAGCCAUUGCAGCCGCGCAGUGGGCUAUCUCUCAGGCAUCACAGGGUGGCGAUGCAGCCUGGGCGGGUCAGGAGGAGCAGUCUGUGGAUUAUGGCUACUACCAGCAAGAUGAGGCUUACAGCGCUCAAGGUUUGGAGGCUGCGGCAUAUUCACAGGCAUACCUGAAGGGCUCCCAGCCACAGGCUGGUACGUCCGUGGUGGUUGGGAAGACCGAGAAGGUCCACGCUGAGAGCACGGGGACAGGAGCUGAGACGUCACUGGAGCCUGGUGUGCCCGGCAUAGACCCGGUGCCUGUCCUACCAACUUUCUCCCGUACAAGCCAGACCUCAGCUGUGCCAGUCACAUACCAGCCUGCUGGCGGCGCUGAUGGGGCGAGCUCUGCCCAGGGAAAUUCAGCUGCCGCUCAGUCUCAGUCGUAUACCAUUGUCUCACCGGCUGUGUUGAAGCCCGACGUACCCAGCACUGCUCAGCCCACCAGUGCCACCCCUUGCGUAUCCACCAGCGCCACCAAUCUGCCUGUGACCAGCUCUGCAGGGCAAGAACCUUACACACAGUACCCUGUCCCAGAUGUCUCCACCUACCAGUACGACGAAACCUCUGGCUACUACUAUGACCCCCUGACUGGCCUUUACUAUGACCCUAAUUCCCAGUAUUACUAUAACGCCCAGACGCAGCAGUACCUGUACUGGGAUGGUGAGAGGCGGACCUACAUACCAGCCUCGGACCAGGGAUCUGACGGCCACAAGGACGGUGGCAGCUCAGGGGGCGGCAAGGAGGGUAAAGAGAAAAAGGAGAAACACAAAACUAAAACGGCCCAGCAGAUUGCGAAGGAUAUGGAACGGUGGGCCCGUAGCCUUAACAAGCAGAAGGAGAACUUCAAGAACAGCUUCCAGCCCAUCUCCUCCAUGCGAGAGGAUGAAAGGCGGGAAUCGGCCACUGCCGACGCUGGCUAUGCCAUCCUCGAGAAGAAGGGGGCUCUGGCUGAGAGACAGCACGGUGGCAUGGACCUGUCCAAGCUGGCUGGUGAUGACAGGCUGAGCCCCCCGCGAGGAUUAGUUGCUGCAUACAGUGGCGAGAGCGACAGCGAAGAGGAACAGGAGAAGGCAGCUGAUCGGGAAGAGAAACUGACCGAUUGGCACAAGCUCGCUUGCCUGCUUUGUCGUAGGCAGUUUCCCAGCAAGGAGGCGCUUAUUCGUCACCAGCAGCUCUCGGGAUUGCACAAGCAAAAUUUGGAAAUUCAUCGGCGGGCGCACUUGUCAGAGCAAGAGCUUGAGGCGCUCGAGAAAAACGACAUAGAGCAAAUGAAGUAUCGGGACCGUGCAGCUGAGCGAAGGGAGAAGUACGGUGUCCCUGAACCCCCAGAACCCAAGAAGAGGAAGUACUCAGCUGUGACGCCAGCCACUGUGGAUUUUGAGCAACCAACGCGGGACGGGCUUGGCAGCGACAACAUCGGCAGCCGCAUGCUACAGGCCAUGGGCUGGAAAGAGGGAAGUGGGCUGGGUCGCAAGAAGCAGGGUAUCGUCGCUCCUAUUGAGGCCCAAACACGGGUGCGUGGCUCAGGCCUAGGUGCCCGUGGGAGCUCUUACGGGGCAGUAGCCUCCGAGUCCUACCGGGAAGCAUUGCACAAGACCAUGCUAACGCGCUUCAAUGAGACGGAAUGAGCUCUGGGAAGGAGCCCCCCCCCCUGUACAGUAUUUUGCUGCUGUCUCCCCCAAUCCCACCGACACACUGACUUUCCACAAUGUUCCUUUUGGUUGAGUUUCUUUUUUUUUAAUUAAAUGUUGAAAUGGACAA